GCAGAAAUAAUGAAAAGCCAGUAAUUUUCUUUAGUGAUUUGUUUUUCUCCAGUGUUGAUGACAAUGAGUGAUCCUGGUGCUUCAGAUCUAAGCCAUACACGUUUUAUUCCUGCUCAUUCCACCUACAAUGACAGGCACAAUAGCAGGGCUGAGCUAUGAGUACAGCAUGACAUAACACCAGCUCUUUGGUGUCACUACCCAUCUGGAAAGUGGUGCAAAAAUACAGGGAGGACUUACCAGUUCUUCAGUCAGCAGCCUCAGUGCACUGAGCACACAAGUACAUUGUACUGAGGGCAUUUGCAUCUCCAAAUCCAGAAGCAUUGCUUUUUUCUGUUAGAGAGAGAGAAAGAGAGAUCAGUGAUAUCAGGAGAUCACAGGGUGCUUUUUUACGCCUGCAUCACCCUCUCCAGAAAGUGAUUUGCUGUUGGCAGAGCAGGCUGAGCGCUGAGUCUGGGGCUUGAUGGAAGAGCAGAUGCUUAGGAUGCUUAUAACCUAAGGAUCUCAGUGCUUGCCUCAGUACCACCUCCUCCUCCCAAUGUGCUGUGGGCACUGCCCCUGCUGGAGCACAAUGUCCAAGGCGACCAGAAUGAGAAGACACCCGCUAGCUUCAUGACCAUUAUGUGUGGACCUCUGGAGCCUUCUGGAUUAUUAGGAGAAGGAGAAUCUCUUCUUCUAGAUCUUGGAUGCUGAUGGAAGUUACCAGCCAUGAGGAUUCAGGGGACAAUGACUGGAGAUGAGGGUUAAUUAAAUCCUAACUUGGCAAGGGACCAGCAACCAAGCAACUGGGCUAUGCGGUGGUCACUUUAACACCAGCAUGGAUGAGCUGGGGAACACCACUGAUUACAUCAACAGUACUUUUUUGCCACCCUCUGGGUACCAUGACAAGGGGCAAUAUUCCAUCACUGCCAUCUGGACCUUGACAGUUGUAGUCGGUUUCCUCAUUAUCUUUACAAUCGUUGGUAAUGUCUUUGUGGUCAUUGCUGUGUUGACCAGCAGAGCUCUGAAAGCCCCACAGAACCUUUUUUUGGUGUCGCUGGCUGGGGCAGACAUCCUGGUGGCAGCCUUGGUCAUGCCCUUCUCCUUGGCUAACGAGCUGAUGGGAUAUUGGUACUUUGGCAACCUCUGGUGUGAUGUCUACCUGGCUUUGGACGUGCUUUUCUGUACUUCUUCUAUAGUCCACCUGUGUGCCAUCAGCCUGGACAGGUAUUGGUCUGUCACUCAAGCUGUUGAGUACAACUUGAAGAGGACCCCCAGGAGGAUUAAGGGGAUCAUUGUCACCGUCUGGCUCAUUUCGGCUGUCAUCUCCUUCCCACCCCUCAUCUCAAUGGACAGGCUAGGUGUUGCUGAAGCUGCUAUUGCCAACUCCAAUUGGACAGGUGAGGAAUGGGAUGUAAAAUGUGAACUCAAUGAUGAGACUUGGUACAUCCUCUCUUCUUCUAUAGGGUCCUUCUUUGCCCCCUGUGUGAUCAUGAUAUUGGUCUACAUUCGCAUCUACCAGGUGGCCAAGCUGAGGACUAGGACCUUAUCAGAGAAAAAGCCAGCCCCAAAUUGCUCCUCACAUACUGAGAAUGGCUACAGCAAGGCGACCUCUGUCAAGUUUCCUGGGGAGAACGGGCAUUACCCCCCAUCCCGUGCCACCCCACCAAAAACCACAACGGAUCUAGAUGAGUUGGACAUUGAGGAGAGUAGUAUAUCUGAGAGUAAGAGGAGGAAGAGUAGCAGUAGGGAGGACAAUACUGACUGUGGAAAGGAGAAGAAGAGCUUCUCUAAACAGUCCAGCCGCCUGUCCCGUUCUAGUAACAAAUCUAUGGAUAUGUUCUCCUCCAGAAAGAAGAAGAGGAGCAGCAUCUCCAGAAGGAAGGUCUCCCAAGCCAGGGAGAAGAGGUUCACCUUUGUCCUAGCCGUUGUGAUGGGGGUCUUUGUGGUCUGUUGGUUCCCCUUUUUCUUCAGCUACUGCCUCUAUGGCAUAUGCAGGGAAGCCUGUGCCAUUCCGGAAACUUUAUUCAAGUUUUUCUUUUGGAUAGGCUACUGUAACAGCUCCCUCAACCCUGUCAUCUAUACUAUCUUCAACCAAGACUUCAGGAGAUCCUUCAAGAAAAUCAUCUGCCUGAGCAAGAGGAAGAAGUUCACUCACUGAGAUGUAUGGCAGCUUUUGACAUCGCGCUGCUUGAGGGUGGAAGCAGAGCGCCGCGGGGGUGGGGGUCUGCUGGACCAGAAAGUGCUCAUCGGGGCUGAACCACAGCGAUAUGACAGUAUAAGGCAGUCUGAAUGUACAGGCAGCAUGCCUGCUAGCACUGAGCCCUGUGACAAGCCGAAUAUUGUUCUGUAUGUCUUUUACCGAAUCAUAGUUUUCUAUACCUUAAAAAAGACAGGAAAGAAAGCCAGGAAAAUAAUGGGGCUUAUUUGCUAUAUUAUUUGCUGUCCACCAGGUAUGCCAUUUUUUUUCUUUUGUAGGCACCUUCUGCUACAGUAUAUUUUGCAUUUGUUCUUCUGAAAAUAACAAAAAAUAUAUUUCAUAAUAAAAUAAGUCAUCUGUA